UAUUAUAUUGAUACACUAAUAUAUAAUAUGAUUGUACUAAUUCGAGAGGGUUUUCAAUUUAUUUAAAGACAAAACAAAUAAAAUGUCCUACGAAUGAGCGCAUUCCAAUGAUAUUACCACUACAGCAUGUUUACCGAAAUUAAAAAUUAGCAGUCAAAAAACUGUAUUAGUAAAUUAUGGUAGCCAAAGAUAACAUGCCCAGCAAGUCAUGGGUACUGAAACUCCAACAUUAAUUAAAGUUUAAAUUAUUGCAAUUAAACCUUUUUUACGUGCAAUUAAACCUUUUGGUCAACACAAGCACAAGAAUUGGAAGGAAGCAAGGCACGAGGAAUUUAUGUGAUUUUUUAAUUGUUUGUCAUUGCGACGUGUGUCAACUGGGUUUUGCCAAUGAGUUAGAGGGCAAAGCAAAUGCAGUAUUUUUGGACUUACCGGCACCUCAGUUGGCCGUGCCAUUAGCAGCUAAGCACAGAAAUUUAAGGAGGACUUUUUUGAUUCAUUUUCACCAUGUAUUGAGGAAUCAUAACGUUGUUGUAUCGCUUUACAAGGACAUGGAUUCAACGAAAUUAGUUCAGUGGAAACUCAACAGCAAGAAUAUGGAAAUUUAGACUAGAUCGUUGCCCGUGCUAGAUUUAGAAUUCCUGAAACAUAAGGUAAUUAUUACCAACUUUUAUGUUGUUAAAAUUCAAAUUUUGCUUUAUAUUUUAUAGAAACCCUCCUCCCAGAAAUUGGAUGGGCUGGGAUUUAGUAUAGCAUCCCACGAUUUCGGGGGAAAGGAUAUUAUAGCCGCAGGAGACUUAUAGUUUUCGAGAUAUUCGCGUUUAAAGUUUAAAAAUUGUCCAAUUUUAACACGUAAUUUCUCGCUAUAUAGUAAAUUUUUCAUUUAUAUUCUAUACUACUUUCUUUCUAUAUAUAUAUUUUAUAUUAAUUAUUUAAAAAUUUGCUUUAAAUAAGCAUUUUAAUUUUUAUUCAAUUUUAUCAAUUGACACAAUAACAAAAGGGUUGCAUGCUGACGAAAAAGAAGCAUUGCCAUAUCUAAAAAAUUGUACAAUGAAUCAAAAUACAUAGAAAGGAGGGAUUUUAUCCCACAAGAACCACUAUACUAUUGUAACGAAAAUGGCACCAGAACAAACUAGAAUAGACAAUCGAAAGCGAUAACUUUCCAGAUGUAUCUAGACAUCGACAUCGACAUGCUAGCAAUCGACUAUAUAAGGGCUGCCAGAACAAACUAGAAUAGACAAUCGAAAGCGAUAACUUUCCAGAUGUAUCUAGACAUCGACAUCGACAUGCUAGCAAUCGACUAUAUAAGGGCUGCCAGGCUAGCAGCAAGACACAGUUUUAAUAAGAGAGUUGUCGAGUGAGGACAAUUCUAAGGAGAGAGUUGUCGAGUAAAAUGUAAACAAGCUAUAAGUUAGAGUUGUAAAGUAGAGUUGUAAAGUAGUAGUAGUAUUGAGUAAUAAAGUGUUAAGUUAUAAGGAAUUAUAAAUAAAGAUUAAUGUGUGACUUUUAUUUGACAAUCCAGUGAUCGAACUCAGGGUAGAGUUUAAGAGUAAACGAAAUCCGUAACAAUUGGUGUCAGAAGUGGGAUUGACAAAUAAAAUUAUAUUUGGAGAUAAUGGUUAAGUUCAACGAUUUAAAGAUACCACAACUCAAAAAGGAGUUGGAACAACGAGGCCUAGCAACGAAUGGGUUGAAAGCUGAGUUACAAGCCCGUUUGCGAGAGGCCAUGGAAGAAGACAACAUCAACGUGGACGAAUUUGUUUUUGAAUCGCUGUUAGAGGAAUCGACAACGAAAAUUUAGGAAAAGAAAGAGACUCCAUGUUCGUCAGGAGUAAUGGACAUGAACAUGAUUUUGUCUGCAGUGUCCCAGAUGUCAUCGCAGGACGCGCGUUGGGCAACGCGAAUGGAAGAACAGGAAUCACGCUUAACAACGAAGUUGUUCCAAAUAACAGAGCAGAUAUCAGCUCAAAUAACAGUACAGUUGAAAGAACAGGAUGCACGUGUAUCACAAGUGUCCUCACAAAUGCAGGAACUAAAAACGCAGAUUUCAGAAGAGCAAGAUAAAGUUAAAGCUGAUGUGGAAGAACUGAAAGAUCGUCUCCGUGACCUGCAACUAAAUCGACCAAUGGUGUCAACAAGUUCUGUCAAAGUCAAGACCCCAACAUUUGACGGCACAACUCCGUUCCAGAUUUUCAAACUCCAAUUUGAAAAGACUGCAGCUACAAACAAUUGGAGCGCGGAAGACAAAGUCUUUGCGUUAUUCGUGGCUUUAAAGGGAGCUGCUGCAGCAAUUCUACAAACAUUACCCAAUUGCGAGUCAAGCAGCUACGAAGCUUUGAUGGGUGCUGUAGAAAGACGGUAUGGAAGUGAGCACCGGAGACAAAUUUUCCAAAUCGAACUGCAAAAUCGCAAACAAAAAAGGUUAGCUCGCUUGGCUUAUGCGCAUAAAUCCGCAGAAUAUAUAGAGGAUAUAAAAAUCCACAGUUUCGUUAAUGGUAUACGAGACGAGAAUACGCGCUAUUCUGCACUAGCAUGCCCAAACAGCAAAGCAGCACUAGCUGCCUUUUUACUUAGUAACAGAACAUUUAAAGCUCAUCGUGUAGAAAUAGAAGAGCCUGCCUGGACGAAGAAAUUUUUGGAAGAAAUGUAUAAAAUGUUGGAGAAAUCUGGAGAAGGUUAGGUUAGGUUAGGUUACGUGGUUGUCGAAACG